AUGCUUAUCAUUGGGGGAAUCUUUGUCAACAAACCUGUUCUUCGUUUAGGCCCCCACCUUGGGGUUGCGUGUGGUUUGAAGGCAGACCGCAACAGCAUAGACCUGGCCGUACAACUAUCAAACGCAGGUUACAAGCCGGAUAAAGGCUCAGGCGACGAGGAUGUAUCCCGAGCUCAGAAGCCGCAGGUAUUGCGGUUCACAUUCGAGGUCUUUGCCGCUUGA